CAUAUCCUUACUGUGCGAGCGUGAUGAAGGCUUGAAUGCUUCUCUCACACCCCUUUUCCCCCCAGACAUUUCGCUUUUAUAAAAUUGCUCACAUACGGCUGUUUUUUUUAAUCUUGCCUGGCUUCUCCCGUGUUACGAAGUACCACACACAAACUUGUCAACUCCGUCAAGAAAUAUGAAUGGCUCCCGGGUCUGCCUCUUGCUGUACAGUGUAGUACUAAUGGGAUGUGGGGCUAAUCCUGACACAACCAUGGGACCAUCUGUAACUACAGGUUUAACCACAACAACAAAUCAAACCUCAACUACACACUCCACUAGGGCAACAUCUGGAACCAACAUCCCAGCAAACACCAACACACCAUCCAGACCCUACGCUAAGGCCCAUCCCGACCCCUGUCCCGACUGUCUGUUUACAGAGAUGAAUGGCACCAUCCUGCUGAUAGUGGCGGGUUGCCUGGUGGUCCUGUGUACCGUCCUGCUGGUCUCCACCGUGGUGCUGUUAUACCAGGUGUUCCACCUGAAGCACCAGCUGUGUAGCAGCACCAUCAGCAGCCGCCCCACCCGCAACAACGUAGACCUGGUGAGUGGUUCUGGGCACUGGGGCACUGGGCAGAAGACCAAGGAGAGGCCUGGCUCUGAGCCCAGUGAGACCAGCCUGAUGAUGCCAGAGCUCAGACAGACGCAGGAGGGGGAGAGGGGCAAGGAAGAGGAGCCAGAGAAGGAAGUCAAGGAGCAAGGGAAAGAUGAGAUGGCGAAGAAGGAAGAGAAGGGGGCAGCCACAGCUAACGUCACGUCAGGAAGUGCUGAAAAUGGAGCGGCGACCCCCAGCCAGGAGAGCCCAGUCACCAUCAACCAGCCUGCAAAGCCCUCUGACCCCGCAGCCACAACAGCCUCUCCUUCCUCCCAGGCCUCCAGUGAUGUGGUGGUGGGGUGAGGGGUGCACUCAUGGUGACCUUCUCAGACCGCAUACUGAUUGGUACAGCAAGUUUAAUACAACAGCCUCUAUUGCCCUAAAGAGACCAUCUGCUUUUGCACUGACAGCUGUUUGCUUAGACAAAUUGAGUGAUUUUUCAAUACCACAGUAGCUUUAUACAAAAAUAACUAUUUGUUCAAAUGUAUAGCAUUCCUCAGUGACACUGAUCAGAGCAACUGACUCCUAUUUUGUCUAGUGGAUAUAUCACAGCUUGCUUGUCGUCAUAUUUCAUCUCCCAUUUCCCUCACUUAUUUUUUAUACAUUUUAAAUGCAAUAGAAAUGCUGUUAAUAUUACAAAAGCAGAACCAACCACCACCACUGAACUGUAGUAUCAGGUCAAGUAAAGAGACUGCAUUUAGAGGAUUUUAAGCAACAAAGCUCUUCUAGAAACACUCUCACAACGUAUUACUACAAUUCAACAUCACUUCCUUGAUCUUUUCUCUACAGUAAUGAAGAAUUCCAAUUUCUCUACUCUAGCUCCAUCUAUCCUUUGUAUACAACAAUAAAGAAUUACGACACCUUG